GGCGCGCGCGCUGGGCACACGUGUACUAGAAGUGGUCGCUCUUACAGAUUCGUUGAUCGAAUACAAAAUAAGAGACCUCGCUUAGUUUUACACUGCGCUAAAAGUGCCUUCUCAAGUGAAUAAUGACAUACAAGUGAUACCUAAAGGAUAUCUUUCGAAAUGUUUUAUGUAAUUAUUCCUUUCCAAGUGGAUAUGUCGCUAUCUAUUCAGUAAUACCAUCUAUUGACACAGUGGGGCAUAUCGUCCCGUCACGAGAUGAGGAUCAAACUUGUAUGGAUAUUAUUUUUGAUUUUGCCGUUUAUAUUGGUAAGGACGCAACCAAUACAGACUCAAAUUCCACCGCAAACUUACAGAAAUGACGACCAAAAAAUAAAUUCUGCUCAAUUAUUACCAAAGCAAGAACAUAAAUCAGAUGAAGACGGCCAGAUAAUAUCUGUUAGGAUAACGUCUUCCGUGGCUGUUGGAAGAGGAUCAUUUGAUGGAAAACCAGGUCUUGGAACUCACGACAUUGAGCGGACUACGAUUGAACCUAUCACAACAUCCACUGCUGAUUUUACAGGAUCUUUUGACACAGAUACCAAUUAUGAAUCAAUGACUACUACUUUUCAGACAACAGAAGCUUUGACAGAUUAUCCACCCCAUCUUGCUGGUGCUAAUAUUGAGUUUAUAAAACAACUUCAAGCUAAAAAAGAAUCACGAGCUUUACUUAUAUCUGAACCAGCAUAUCAAAUACCAACGAGUUAUGAAAUGUCAAAUAACACAGAACAAGAUCCAUUAUUACAGGAAACGAUUAUUGGUAAUGUAAAUGAAAAUGAUAAAGUAAUGGAAGAUAUUCCGCUAGCUAGAUCAAUUCCCCUAUCUUAUUCAUCUAAAAGUUUUAUUCACAGACAAGGAGAUAAUAAUCAAAAACUAACAACUGUCAGUUUUAACAUAGUGCAUGAGACACCAAAGCUAUUAAAUUACAAUAAACAAAAUUCAGCUAGUAGCGAUACAAAUCUCUCUGGAGAGAAGUUUUACAAUGAACCUGCAAGAGUUUACAGCGAACCUGCUAAAAUUUAUAGUGAACCUGCGAAAUAUUAUAGCGAACCUGCUAAAAUUUAUAGUGAACCUGCGAAGUUUUACAGUGAACCAGCAAAAGUAUAUAGUGUACCUGCUAAAAUUUAUAGCAAACCAGCAAAAUAUUACAGCGAGCCAGCGUCAUUACAUUUAUCUCAAAAAUCAAUUCCACCUAAUCGCAACGAAUGGCUUCCCCAAACUGGUACUACUAAUUUCUCUAGUACUUAUAGUACUACGCCCUCUAAUCACCCUUACAUAAAAAACGUAGACAAAAUAAUUGAACAUCAACCUGAGAAGAACUACGAAAUUGAGGAAAAAGUAAGCGUUCAGACUGAUGGUCGCAGUCACGGUGAACAAGCUAACAAUCCUGAAAAUUGCAAACAAGAAAACUGUAAAGUAGGAUAUGUUGUGGAAGGAAGACAAUUUAGAAAAUACCGCGUAGAAGAAAGGACAUCAGACGGCUUCAUAGUCGGAGAAUAUGGAGUAGUGAGAAACGAAGACGGGGCGUUGAGAGGAGUCCGGUACACGGCAGACAGUGAAGCUAGUCCUCGUCUCAUUCACGAUGCACUUAUGAAGUUCCUACAGCUCAAGUAGAAUAAAUUUAUUUACAUUAAACUUUUGCUCAGUUUCCAUGUUGCCAUUUUGAAACGAUAAACCGUUUUGACUGCUUAUUUUUAGUUCACUAAGUUGUUUAAAUAAAAGUGUAUUGAGACUGA